AUGAAGUUCGCUGGCUUGUUGGCGGCUUUGCUCCUCGUGAGCGGUGCGUCUGCACAGAUGCAGAAGGCUCCUGGUCGCCACGCCAUUUUUGCGCGCGCCAACGCGCCUCAAAAUGCUGAGGAUAUGGCCAAAGUAUACGACCCGGAAAAGGCUUGCAAGCCAUACUCACCUCAGGAAAUCACGCAGCUGUUGAAAGGCAAGCGAUUCCCCAAGCCCAACAAAAUUGCCACUAUUGUUGACGGUGAUGAUGAGGCGCGUAAGCUUUGGGAGGAAAUUCAGCAGUCAAAUGUGAUCCCCAAAGAUAUCAAGGUGAAGCCAAGCGUCGACAAGUCUCACGAUGAGGUAGACGGAAAUACAGACAAGUACAAUGAUGACAAGGACCCCGACUGCUGGUGGACAGCCUCGGAAUGCAAAAAGCCCAAACACCAAAACAUUCCCGAGGAUAUUUACGAGUGCCCUGAGCCAAACACUUGGGGUUUGACUUUUGAUGAUGGUCCUAAUUGCACGCACAAUGCCUUCUACGACUUCUUGAAGGAAAAGAAGCUCAAAGCCACGCUCUUUUACAUUGGGUCUUACGUCAUGAAUCUUCCGUACCAGGCCCAGCGUGGUCUUGCUGAUGGCCACGACAUUUGUGGACAUACUUGGUCGCAUCACGCCAUGUCCACUCUCACGGACGAGCAAGUAUUUGCUGAGUUGUACUAUACUGGUCGUAUUCUCAAGGCUGUGCUGAAUGUCUCAACUACUUGCUGGCGUCCCCCCUUCGGUGAUGUCGAUGAUCGCGUUCGUGCCAUUGCGAAUGCUCUUGGCUACCGCACGAUUAUCUGGAAGCAGGACACGAAUGAUUGGGAACUCUCUGAUACGAGCAAAAAGGGCAAGGUGCAGAAGGACUAUAAGAAAAUUAUUAGCAAGGCUGGUAAGGAGAGCCCUAUUGUUUUGGCGCAUGAAUUGUACAACUCUACUAUGGGCACGUUUAUGGAAAAUUAUGAUGAACUCUCUAAGGCUUAUAAGAAUGUUGUUCCCGUCACCGCAUGCCAGAAUGUCACCUCGCCGUACCUGGAGGGCGACAUUCUGUACCCGACAUUUGAUGAACUUACGUCCGGCAAAGCUCAGUACAAGGGUCUUCCGUCGCUCAAGGACAUGAAAAUUAAUACUGACGUCCAGUACAAGCCUGUGCCUUUCUCGCAAAAGAAGGUAGGCUUUGCACCGGGCGCUAAGCAACCUGAAAGCAAGGGCAAGGGUGACACUGAGGAAGGCGAUAAUAACAGAAGCAGCGAGAGCAGUAAAGAUCAUAAAGGAGGCGAAGAUGACAACGAAGACGAAUCGUCUACUUCACAGAAAGACGGUGUGUCACAGGAUAAACAAAACAGCGACAACAACGACAAGGGAGACGGCUCUGGUGCUCUGUCUCUUUCUGGUGCAUCCAUGCUCCAUGUCUACUUUGCCACUCUUUUUGCACUCUUGACAGUUAUGGUCUCCUUUUGA